GUUGGUUAACUACCUUAGCUAAAUGUCAGUGUGUUUCACUCAGGAAAUGUCAUUCGGUUGGCAUUUAAAGUCCCAUGUUCAGAACUUUAUCACUGAUAGUCUUGGUUCUGUCCUUCUGCAUCUCAGUUGUGAGUCGAUCUAUCCCUAAAGAUCCCUCUCGUCUGUUUACAGGAUUCUCCUUGUAACCGUCGCCUUGUUCUCCUUGUAUUCUGUCCACUUGCUGCUGAAGACGGCCAAUGAAGGAGGUACACUAGUCUAUGAACAACUGGGUUACAAAGCCUUUGGGUUGCCAGGGAAACUUGUUAUCUGCUCCGUCACCAUGCAAAAUAUUGGAGUAAUAUCAAGCUACCUCUACAUAAUCAAAUAUGAGCUGCCCAUAGUGAUUCAGAUGUUGACAGGCAGCAACAAUGGAGAAUGGUACAUUAAUGGAGACUACCUGGUACUGAUUGUGACGUUUUCCAUUAUCCUGCCCCUCUCGUUGCUCAGAAACCUGGGUUACCUCGGAUACACCAGUGGUCUGUCCCUCCUCUGCAUGGUGUUUUUUCUGAUUGUGGUGAGUAUGACCAACCUUCUCCCUUCACGCACCAGUUUAUUUCAUGCCGUCAUUACUUGAUACAUGUAUG